AUGGAGAAGAGAUUCGUAGGUCGAUCUCAUCAGAAGAGGACGAUUGAAUCGCGUUGUACUGCAGCCGUUUGGCUUUUAUACGACGUUCCGGUUGACACAGUCCACGAGACCUCCUCCCUCGUUUCGGAUGAAAACGUGCUGAGCUUUCGUCCAUCAUUCGAUGGACAUCAUCUUGUAAAAGUCCCAAUGGGCGCACUGAAUGUUGAUGGUACCGACGGGGGGAGUGAGACAACUUUUGUGACCCUGCCACGGGACUCGCACCUCAUCGAGCUGGCCUCGUCGUCGAGGCUACCUGAAAAUUGGGUCGUGAUGGGGCGCGGAUUUCAAUUUAAUCCGGAGGCGCUGCCAGGCGUGACUUCACCCUCAAACACCGUCCACAGAGCCCUGAUGCCUCUUCCGACUGGCGCUGCUUUUUCAGACUGCUCUCUCCUGGCGACGGCCUGCCAUCUCGGCGCCGCAUUACUCCAUUCGUUGACGCCGAGGGCUGAGUCCCAAAGGAGCAUGUCACCGGACGGCCGCACUUGA